GCGGUUUGUUCGGAGGAAACUGAAAUCGGCCAUGUUGUGGUAGCCAGCAGUAACUUUCUUUGAGGGAACUGCGCCGAGAAGAGUGAGGAGCUUAUAUCGAGUAAAGUCGAGGAGAGGACGUACGGAGGGAGUUUGUGCACCCGAGCGAGGUGUUCUUAUACAGAAAGUAACGUGAAAGAGAGGAGCCGAAAGGCGAUAACGAGGACGCCAUGAGCGGCGGGACGCCUUACAUUGGCAGCAAAAUCAGCCUGAUCUCCAAGGCCCAGAUCCGCUAUGAGGGAAUAUUAUACACCAUCGACACCGAAAACUCCACCGUCGCGCUCGCCAAAGUGAAAUCUUUCGGCACUGAAGACCGUCCCACAGACAGACCUGUAGCUCCUCGGGACGAUGUCUUUGAAUACAUCAUCUUCAGAGGAAGUGACAUCAAAGAUCUAACUGUAUGUGAACCCCCGAAGCCUAACUGCUCACUUCCUCAAGACCCGGCCAUCGUACAGUCCUCUCUAGGCUCUGCCCCGGCGCCGUCCUUCCAGUCGCUGGGUACUUAUGCCUCCUUCAGCCGGCCCCCAGCGCGUGCCUACAGCCAGUUCUCCGCUCCCCUCGGGCCCCAGACCAUCGGUGCUUCCGUCACUGCAGCAGGACGCACCAGCCCGCCUCUGGAUGCCCUGAGGAAGAGCCCGAGCAUUGACGCUGCGGCGCAGCCGGCUCCUCUAGCGCCGCCUGCUGGAUCUGUGACUCAGAAGAGUUCUGGAGUUAGCAGGCCUCCCCCCGGCUCCCAGAAACAGCCUGCAGAGAGCCAGGAGCAAAGCAGAGCUGCUGAGGUAGAGAAGGCUGUUCGCCCAGAGACGGACUUGAGCAAGGCAGAGAAUCGGGACGCUAGCAAACGCUCCCAAGGCACAGGUGCUCCUGCAGUGCGAAGAGGAAGGGGAGGAAGCGGUGGUACUGGCAGCGGUGGUGGUGGUGGUGGUGGAGGAGGAAAUCAGCGCGGCCGGGGCCGGUUUAACAUGCGCAGAGACGGACCAAUGAAGUUUGAGAAGGACUUUGACUUCGAGAGUGCCAACGCCCAGUUCAACAAGGAGGAGAUUGACCGCGAGUUCCAGAGCAAGCUCAAAAUUAAAGAUGAGAAGACGGUGAACGGUGAAGACAAGGGCGACUCGGGCGUGGAGACGCAAAACAGCGAGGGCAACGUGGACGAGGAGGACCCGCUGGGACCCAACUGUUACUACGACAAGUCCAAAUCCUUCUUCGACAACAUCUCCUGCGACGACUCCAGAAAAGAUAAAUCUGGAGGUGGCAGGGAGCGGAGGCAGACCUGGGCGGAGGAAAGGAGGAUGAACGCCGAGACGUUUGGCCUCCCGUUGCGUCGGGGGCGUGGAGGUUACCGGGGCAGAGGAGGCCCUAUGGGUUUCCGUGGAGGUCGUGGACGCUCAGCUGGACGUGGCUCUUUUGGCCCGCCCCGCGGUGGAUCCGGAUUCAGAGGAGGGUUCCGCUCGGGACGGGGAGGACGAGGAGACUUCUCUGAAUUCGAAUACCGGAAGGACAACAAGGUGGCGGCGUAGUUCACGGGAGGAUCAGCUGCAGCGCCUCCUACAGGCUGGAGUUCUCCUUCCCUCGUUCUCUCUCCUUCCUCCUUCUUCUCCGUCUGUCCCGAAUCCCUCACUCCGGGGCGGGUCGACCUAACCCGAGGUGGACUUCUUCCUCCUCUUCCUCCUCCCCUCUCUCCUUGUUUUUUGUUUGUUUCGUUUGCUUUUUUUUUUUUUAAAAAAACAAAACAAAACAAAAGCCGAUCUCCGGAUCUUUCUUUGAUACACAGUGGACUUUUGCGAAAGAAGGGGGAGGGGGGGGCGUAACUUUAGUGAAAUUACUUUUCAGUAUUUUUGCAUCAGCGUUUUAGUUCCUUUCUUACAGAACAAUAAUAAGGAUUGAAAUGUAUUUGAUAAUAUUCCUGUUGGGUACACACACACACACACAGUGUGUAUACCCGCGCCCGCUGAUACUGUGAGCUCCCAUCAGUGAAAAUAGCUUUAUUUUGAUUUUCUUUCCUGUCUUAGAGAAGCACCAAAAUCCGUCUGUGUCUCCUGUACGGUCACGAUGAAAUCUUCACCCUCACUGCCGAAACCAGGUUUCAGUAACUACAGCAUGAUGAUGCAUCUCUCUUUAUCUUUCUUUUUCUUUUUUUUUUUUUAACAAAGAUUCUUUCCUCCUCUUUUCCCCCAGCCGAAUGGUCAAAUCUCACCGACUCGGAUCUCCAAAAUGAAUAAAAAAUAAUGGACUGUAAGGUGAAUGUAAUGAUGCGAAGUCAGCCAGCACUCAGUGGGGUUAUUUUUGGAAAUGUUGUUGUUUGUUAUUAUCUAUAAGUUUUUUUCAGUGCCAUUGUAGACAGGAAGUGUUCACAGUUCCCCGCUGGAAGAGACCGUCGUCUUGUCUUUUCUUUCUUUUUGGUAAAAACAAGCACGUCUGCGUAGAGCCGAGAGCCAGCGCAUCCUGCCUUCCGACGAUUACGUAGCGGUCAUUUUGUCCGGCUCUUCGACACCGCUUCGAGUUUUUGUCGAGCCUUUUCCAUUCACAGCACGAAUAAUCACCAUUUACUGUCGGGUUUCUUCAGGGAUCGACCAGCUAGCACACCCUUUAACAGUAAGAUCAGAUCGCUUCAAGAGGAAAAAUCUAUUCAUUUGCACUUUAGAGAUGAAUAAUAAUGCCGUGAUUUCACCAUUUUCUUUUUACUUUUUGCUUUGAAUACGAGCAGCUCCGUGUGUUUUCGUUUGUUCCCUUUAAAGUCUUAAGACUCCACUAGAGGGAAAAGUUUAAGGUAUGAAGUGAAGAACAGAAAUUCACGCCGGUGUAAUUAUGAGCCUGGGAGCCUUAAGGCAAAUCCAGCUGACGGGUUUAGAGAGAUCACAAAUCCGCUCUCGUUAGGGAGAGAGAGAGAGAACUUUUUAUGGUCCCGGGAAAAGGUUUAGUUUGUGCUGAAAUUUACGCAGGAGGUUCUGCUUUAACAAGCUCGUGACGUUCCACCGGCGAACCCUUUUCUCUUCCUGCGCUUGAUGUUCAGCUGCGCAAACAUGUCUGAUCUACACCGCAGCUCGGGCACGAACCUUUAAUUCGACAGUAAACUGGUUACCGAGAUCGGACGGACGUUACCUCACUAGCAGAGAGACCUGUUACAUGACUAAACCAGGUUCAGUAGCAAGCCGCGAAGGUUCAAAAGAGAAAAAGCAGUAUUUUAAUAUCAAGCAGAGGAAAGGGGAGAGAGCGUCAUGUGGUCUUCUGAUUGGACGACUGUGCUUCACAGAUGGAUAAACACACUCAAAGGGUGUGUGUGUGUGUGUUGAGCACCGAUCUUGACUCGGUGUAGAGUUGAAUUCGGGAUUCCUCGGGCCGUGCUUUUUUUUUUUUUUUUGUUUGAACGAACGCCAGCUCUUCAGACGCUUCGUAGCGUGGUAUUUAAUUUGUUUUUUUUUGUAUUUAGUUUGUUUGCCCCCCCCCUGAAUGUCAAUGAAGCACUUUUCCGCUUCUCUACCAGCAUUUGGGAGUUUGUAUGCAUUUUCUAUAAAUCGUCGGGUCGUUUCUUUUCCAGAUAUCGGCUUCGUUGAAAGGUUUACGAUGAAAGCGCUUCUUUCGUCCUGUAUCGAUAAGACGCAGUUAAGGUUCGUGUUCCUGUCGUGGCUUGAGGUUUCCUUUGUGGCUGUUUGUGUACUUUUUCUGUAGGCGUUACGCGAUGAACUUUACCUACACGUGGCAUAUUAUAUUGGUCUAUCGGUUAGGCAGCUAGUAUAAAGCCCUGCAUUUUCCGAAUGAGGACUUUUUUUUCUUUUUUUUUCGGUCGUGGCUUGCAGCACAGCAUGAUGGGAAAUGCCUUAAUGAGCCAGCAAAGUUGUGUCAUAAGUAGAAUUUUUUUUUGGGGUUGUAUUGAACACGCUCUUGCCGUGAUCUGAGGACUCGCAAAUCCUCUGGAGUGUCAAAUUUUGGAUUUUUGUUAGAGAGAGAGAGAGUGUGAGAGUGUGUGUGUGAGAGAGAGAGACUUGGACUGAUGCAAUAAUCACAUUAAUGCCCCUGCUGCCCCUCUCCUCCUGCUCCUGCUCAUAUGAGAUGUCGAACUGUACAUACAGAGUUUCAUUUUUAAAGUGAAACAGGAUUGUUUUUCCUCUCUUCUAAAAGAAUUUGAUUGGCUAUUGUGUUUUUUUUUUGUUUGUUUGUUUUUGUUUUGUUUAUACUUCCUGAAUAAAGCAAUUGUACAGCAUGGUGUACCUUGUGAUCAGGUUGAAGUUUUUAUUCAGAAAAGAGAAAUAAAUAGUUGUUCAAA